AUGUCGACCACUGUCAGGUUUGGAACCACCACCGGUCCUUGCAGAGGUGCUACUGCUGAGAAAGCACAAUCUGUAGUAGAGGAAACUGAUGUGAAAGGGAACUGUGACCCUGACAAGCUGCUGCAGUGUCCUUUUGACAAGAGCCACCAGAUCCGGGCCUGUCGUUUCCCUUAUCAUCUUAUAAAAUGCAGGAAGAAUCAUCCAAAACUGGCCAGUGAGCUGAAAACCUGCCCGUUUAACGCCCGCCACCUAGUUCCCAAGCACGAGCUGACACUGCACACUGAAACCUGCGAGGACAGAACGUCUGUGGAUCGUGAAGAUGAUGCAGACACAAGUAGAUAUAGUAGAUGGCAGGUCCCGGUCAGUUCCUGGGUAAACCCGGUCAUGACUGAAGACUGGGAUGAAGAGGCUGAUGACAAUGCAGCUCCAUUUGUGUGGGGUGUAAACACAGACAUAAAUCCACAACUGGAUAAAAUGCCAACCAACAAUCUUGGUCAGAGUACAAGAGGCCCCAACAGCCUCCCAUGGGCAAGAUUUAAUCCCUAAUUUUGUGCAGAUGUGCAGUCAAAGCUUUGUGUUAAAACUGUGUGUGUGCUUAGCUGGUGAAAAAUUUUAAUUUUUCAAAUUGAUCUAUACCUCAAUAGUCUUUGCAUGCUUGUUUUUAAUUUGAAUGUCUGCAUUUAUUUUUUCUUUCACUUUGUUACACUGUAUUCACUUGAAUUCUGUUUUACUAACCAUUGACUGAAAGUUUAGAGCAUGUUGUAAUAAAAGAGCUCAUUUAAAGUUUUGACUGAGUGAAUAAAGGGGGCGAGUUGAC